AUGAUGGAUACACUGGCCACACAUCUGAAAGCUGGCAAUCUUGAGAGGAGAGCUAGCCCAAGUCUCUGGCAUGCUAAUGCCAUGCCAGCUGCACCCACAACACAUAACAGCCAUUUUGCCAAGAGCACACUACUCAACUAUGACAGCAGAGACACCAAAGUGACCAAAAAUCUAGUGCGUUAUUCCCCAGAAGUGGAUCCUGGGUGCUUCUUUGUAAGUGCUCUACUUGUCAGGAAUCCAACCUCAGCAGUGACUUCUACAACUCAGGACUUGGCCUCACCAGCAACAUCUAAGUUUUCUUGCAAGGAAGUUGUAAAUCAAGAUAGCAAAGAAGCCAGAAGACCAAAUUUUAGUUUUAAUUUUAAUACCAGUCUGCCUACAGCACAUUCGUACCUGGGUGCAGACAUGGAGGAGUUUGAUGGCAGGAGUUUGCAUGACGAUAACAGCUGCCAGGUAAUCCCUGUGCUGCCCCUGGUGAUGAUGAUCCUCAUUCCAGGGCAGUCCUUGCAGGUGCAGGUCUUCAGACCUCACGAUGUCAACAUGGUGCGGAAUCUAAUUCAGAAGGAAAGGACCAUUGCCAUCCUUGCAUACAGAAAUGGACAGGAGACAAAAGCACAGUUUGGAACAACAGCGGUGAUCUAUGCCUAUGGAGAAGAAGAAGAUUCUGGAACCGAGAUGGUGAAAGUAAAAGCAAUUGUAAGACAAAGGUUCAAAGUCCUGGAGCUCAGGACCCAGUUAGAUGGAAGCCAGCAAGCGAAAGUACAGAUUCUUCCUGAGUGUGUGCUACCUUCAACCAUGUCUUCAUUUCAGUUAGAAUCCCUCAAUAAGUGCCAGGUAUUUCCUUCAAAACCGCUCUCAUGGAAAGACCUGUAUUCAAAUAAGUGGUGGCAGAAAUAGCAGAAGAAAAAGUUCUAUUGUGCGAAUCUGACCUCGUGGCCUCACUGGCUCUAUUCCUUAUAUGAUGCUUAUACCUUAAUGAACAGAAUUAAGAAGCAAUUAUAUGAAUAGGAUGGCAUUCUAGAAGAUGAGGCCCUUCCUUCCAAUCCAAUAGACUUUUCUUACAGAGUGUCUGCUUGUCUUCCUAUCCAUGAUGCGCUGAGAAUCCAACUUCUUAAAAUCAACAGUCCUAUCCAGCGCCUCUGCUGUGAACUGGACAUCAUUAACAGAUGUACAUCUCUUUACUGUAAACAAUGUCAAAAAUCUGAAAUAACUACAAAGAAGGAACUACUCAGUUUGUCCUUAUUUGGGUCUUUGGCAGCUGAGAUUAAUCCUCAUGGUUAUUUGCAUAACACUCUGACCAUGUAUAAGGCCUGCAACCUGAAUCUGAUUGGCCACCCUUCAACAGAGCACAGCCUAUUCCCAGGAUAUGCCUGGACCAUUGCCCUGUGUAGAGUCUGUGCAAAUCAUAUUGGAUGGAAAUUCACAGCCACCAAGAAAGACAUGUCACCUCCAAAGUUUUGGUGCUUGUCUCAAUCUGCUCUGCUUCCCAUGAUUCCAGGCACAAAAACACACAAGGUAUCAGCCCCAUAG